AUGUUAUUGGGUGAUAUCUAUCGCUACAGUAUUUGUGUGUUUAUUUUUCCUAAAGGAUCACCAUGGAACUUAGAAGUUGUAAGAAAGGUGAUCCCACUAUCCAUAAUGUUUACUUUAAUGAUAGCAACAAAUAAUAUGUGUUUGAAAUAUGUUGGUGUGGCAUUUUAUUACAUCGGCAGGUCAUUGACAACAGUAUUUAAUGUGCUGUUCAGCUGGAUACUCCUACGCCAACACACCUCAUUAAGGUGUAUUCUAUGUUGUGUCUUCAUCAUAUUUGGCUUCUAUUUAGGAGUGGAUCAGGAAAACCUGCUAGGUUCCUUUUCGCUAGUAGGCACGAUAUAUGGAGUUAUUGGAUCUCUCGUUCUCUCAUUGUACUCAAUCUUCACUAAGAGGGUGCUGCCGAGCGUCAACCAGGAGGUGUGGUUGCUCUCGUACUACAACAAUGCCUACUCCAUCGUUCUGUUCCUCCCACUCAUCGUGCUCAACGGCGAGGCUGGGGUGCUGCUGAAGUACAACGGCUUCGGCAGCUCGUAUUUCUGGACGCAGAUGGUGAUUGGCGGGCUUUGCGGAUUCGCCAUUGGAUAUGUAACAUCGCUUCAAAUUAAGGUUACGUCGCCUUUAACACACAACAUAUCCGGUACCGCGAAAGCUUGCGCCCAAACGGUAAUAGCAACACAAUGGUACAACGAGUCCAAGAACGCCCUCUGGUGGGCUUCGAAUCUGAUCGUUCUGUGCAGCAGCGCCAUGUACGCCAGGUUCAAGCAGAUAGAAAUGGAGCAGAACUCAAGGAAGCCCGUGCCAGAGGAAAAAAGAAGUCUAGUG